AUAAGUUUCCCAGCAGAUCACAAUUCCAACUAAGCACACGGCACAAAUGAAAUGAACUUUUUUCUUGUUGCUGGAUAAGUUCAUGCGUCAUUCAUGCCCACUAUUUAUCUGUAUUUGAGCCUCCCAUAAGAACCCCCUUCCUCUACUCAUCCUCUAACUCUUCCCUCUCUUAAUUCUUCUGUCGUUUGUAGACCCUUCUGAUUUUAACUCAUCAGCAACAUCACCCCACAGGAGCAUUCUAGAGUGAUGAUGAUUUAAAGGCUUCCCUACAACCACGCAACUUCAGCUUUUAGUAUGUCCGAAACAAAUGGGAACCCAAAACGUAAUUUUCUUAGGACAUGAAUAUGUGAAAGCCGCCAUCAAUUUCAGAAAAGGAAAAGUCAUCUUUGCGUUGAAGAGAAACAAAAACUUUAAUCUGGACCACCUUGGAUCCCUUGAAAAGAAAAAGAGCAAAAAAAACAAAAAAAAGGGCUGAUUGUACAAAAUGAUAAAAAGUAGAAUCACCAGAAUAUUCAUACUCUAAUAUCUGUCUAAACAAAAAAGACACACAUAAUACAGACAUUAGGUGCAUUGACUGCUCAUUAAAAUGAUUUGUCAAUACAAAAUUAUAUAAAAAGAGGGGGGAAAAAGAAGACAAAAAAUGAGCGGUUGAGAAGACUGAGAGACUGGUGUGCUGGCAUUUUUGGAGCCUCCUUUUUGUCACUCGAGAGCUAAAGUAGGAUACUUGACGUAAAGCGAGUAACCAGGCAAUUACUGCUGUUAAAAGGUUCCGAAUUUUGAUUUUUUGAAAAUUCUGUUCGGCUGCAAAGCAGAGGAGAUUUCCUGUGAAAAUGGUGACAAGAAGAGUGGAUCUCCGGUCAGACACAGUGACCAAACCAACAGAAACAAUGAGAGCUGCCAUGGCUGCUGCUGAAGUGGACGACGAUGUCUUAGGCAACGACCCGACCGCGUUUCGCUUAGAGAAAGAAAUGGCGGCGAUCGCGGGCAAAGAAGCAGCACUCUUUGUUCCCUCAGGCACAAUGGGCAACCUCAUUAGUGUGCUUGUUCAUUGUGACAUUAGGGGAAGUGAAGUAAUUCUUGGAGACAAUUCCCACAUUCACAUUUAUGAGAAUGGAGGGAUUGCAACCAUUGGAGGUGUACAUCCCAGACCUGUGAAGAACAAUCCUGAUGGGACUAUGGAUAUUGAUUCAAUUGUAUCAGCCAUUAGAGAUCCCAAAGGAGAGCUUGUGUACCCCACUACAAGGCUAAUCUGCUUGGAAAAUACGCAUGGAAACACUGGUGGUAGGGUUUUGUCUGUAGAAUAUACAGAUAAAGUGGGAGAGAUAGCUAAAAAGCAUGGUUUGAAGCUUCACAUUGAUGGGGCCCGCAUUUUCAAUGCAGCAGUUGCGCUUGGUGUCCCUGUUAGUAGGCUUGUGCAAGCAGCAGAUUCAGUUUCGGUAUGUCUGUCAAAAGGACUGGGAGCUCCGGUUGGAACUGUUAUCGUUGGUUCGGAAAGCUUUAUCAAGAAGGCUAGAAGGCUCAGGAAAACUCUAGGUGGUGGGAUGAGACAGGUCGGUGUCCUUUGUGCUGCAGCUUUUGUUGCUGUGCAAGAGAAUGUCGGGAAACUCGAAGCUGAUCACAAGAACGCCAAGUUCUUAGCAGAUGGACUGCAUAAAAUCAAAGGACUGUUUGUAGAUGUUGCCUCAGUGGAGACCAACAUUAUAUUCAUAGACAUAGAAGAAGGCUCCAAAAUGACUGCAGAAAAGCUGUGCAAGAACUUGGAAGAACAUGGUAUAGUAGUGAUGAAAGAGAGCUCAUCAAGAAUAAGAAUUGUUCUGCACCACCAAAUUUCAUACGAUGAUGUGAAGUUCACCUUAUCUUGCUUUCAGAAUGCUUUGAAUGGAGUGAGUGUUGAAAAUGGCAACUAGUUGACAGAAGCAGAACUGCCUCUCUCAUUCCACAGGGGGGUGGCGUAUUGAUCUGUUUCUUUAAAGUAUAGAUGCUUAAAAGUCAUCAACAAUAAUUCAAUCUUGUAAGACUCUUUAAGUAAACUUAUACUUGUUUGAGUUUGGCA